CCAGCAGUUGUGAUAGAAGUACAAGUAGAGCGUGCUCAUGUCUGGCAACAGCCGAUGACUGCUCUUUCUUGUAAAAGUGACCAUUAUGACUGCGCCUGGCAACAGCCGGCAAGAAAUAUAUCAAAACAACAUCCUGAAUGA